GGUCACUUAAAAUUACAACUAAAGUUCUAAUAUUUCUCUCUUUAUUGUAGAGGAGACAUGUACUGUAUAUGUACAAGGAGAAAUGAAGAAAGAAGAGAUUAAAGAAGAAAAUGUUUAUAUCAAGAUGAAGAAGGAAGUACUCUCUCCUUCUACUGAAGAGGAUACAAGUACUGUAUAUAUAAAGGAAGAAUAUGUUGAGAUGGCAAAUACUGAGAUGACAGAUGAAAUAGUUCUCAUUGAAGAGGAUCCUCUGCUGGUUGGAUCAAAGAUAACCAAGAAGAGGAAACUAGAAGGAGUGAGAUAUCCAUGUGAUAAAUGUGAGUACAAUGCAACCAAAGCAAAUGAUCUUAAGAGACAUUUUGAGAGUAAACAUGAAGGAGUAAGAUAUCCUUGUGAUGAGUGUGAUUACACUGCAACUCGAGCAUUUAAUCUGAAAACUCAUAUUGAGAGUAAACAUAAAGGAGUGAGAUAUCCUUGUGAUAAGUGUGAUUACGCUUCAACUCGAGCAUUUGAUCUUAAAAGACAUAUUGAGAGUAAACAUGAAGAAGUGAGAUAUCCUUGCAACAAAUGUGAGUAUGCUGCAACAACACUAAGUUAUUUAAGAAAUCAUAUUGAGAGUAAACAUGAAGGAGUGAGACAUCCAUGUGAUAAAUGUGAGCACACUGCCUCUUCACCAAGUGCUCUUAAAGUUCAUAUUAAGAGUAAACAUGAAGGAAUAAGAUAUUCUUGUAAUAUAUGUAAGUAUACAGCACCAAGAGUAAAUGAUCUAAAACAGCAUAUUGAAAGAAUACAUGAAGGAGUAAGAUAUCCUUGUGAUGAAUGUGACCACACUGCAUCUACAAGAUAUAAUCUUAAAAUUCAUAUUGAGAGUAAACACAAGGGAGUGAGAUAUCCUUGUAAUAAAUGUGAGUAUGCUGCAACUACAGCAAAUGAUCUUAAAAUACAUAAAGAUAAUAAACAUGAAGGUGUAAAAUAUCCUUGUGAUAAAUGCAAGUAUGUUGCAAAUACUCUGCAACUUCUAAAAAGGCACAUCAAGAGUAUCCAUGAAGGAGUAAGAUAUUCUUGCAAUAAAUGUGAUUUCUCAGCAGCUAGCGCAAGUAAUCUAAAAAGACAUAAUAAGAUUAAACACGAAGAAGCCACAUAACCUUGGGAUAAAUGUGUGUAUGCUGCAUCUGCUGCUGCUUCUUCUUUACACAAAGAGAUAUGAAAAACCAGAGAUAAGCAAACAUUAAAUUUUUAAUCUAAAUCAGCUGUCACACUAUUUUCUGUCGUUUGACGAUUUUUUCUUAUGUGACUCGGUCUUGAUUUCUAAAUUUAAAUUAAAUGCAUAAAAUCACUUUCAUAGCAACCCUGACGGUAAUAAGAGCUAACAAAAUGUAUCUUUUAGUUUCUGGAGUUGGACAACUAUUUUAAACCAACCAAUAUUUUAUGACUUCAAACAAAAAUACACCUAUCACUUACUUUAUAAUUAAUAACUGUCUGUCUUGUGUAUCUUUUAGGAGCGGAAACUUUCUUUAUUUUCCAAUCCUUUAUAGGACACAAAUCAUAUAAGUCUUUAACAUCAGUUGGUACUUGUUUUCUAGUUUUUUUUAUUUAUAUUUGUACAAACUGUAAUUGUAAUUAUUAUUAUUAUUAUUUUUGGUAAAAAAUCAGAGAAGCGUCAAAUGAUUUAAUUUCGUUUUAAUAAUAAAUUUUUUCUGAGAAAAUGGCCAGAAUCAUGAAAAGGGAAGAUUAACAGACAUAUUUUACACACAAUUUACCUAUUGGGCCGUACAGGUCCCACACUAACAUUACCUGGUUGAGUGAAGAUUCUUUAACAUUAUUUAACAUUUAUUUCUUUAACAUUAGUUUUGCAUUAGCGGAGUAAACUUUUCUACAG